AGAAAGUAAUGAAAGUUACUUUGGAGCUUAUAAGAUUGGUAGUACAGUAAUAAUUCCCAAGGUAAGUUGGGCAACUUACAUGGCGAUGACGGUCGAGGCAUCGUUGAGAAUCUAAAAAAAGUAUUGGAAAGAAAAUGAAGCUCAAAAAUACCAUGUCAGGCAUUUCAUUAUUGAAACUCUUUAACCGAGGUCACUCAAAUCUGGCAAGUGCAGCGGCUUACGGGUCUCACACUGCUGGGCCUUGGUGGGGGGCACAACCCCAUCACACACAUCCGGCCAGUGCUAUGUAUGAAGACACCACUGGACAAAAUACCACAACACAUCACAGUCCACCGUUGUUAUCAGCACACAACCCAAACGCAUUAUUGUCGAUUCAACAGGCUCAACAGCAACAAACGACAGUCCAAUCAUCUCAUACCCCACAACAAUCUUCGCAAACCAACGGUACACAUACAAACGGUACAGUGGCGUCGGCACAACCACAACAGAUUACGCCAUCGGCGGCCAGCGAUUCACCUGUGUCACCACCGACAGGUCCCCUUCAUAUACCCGCAAUUCCUGCAGCAAAACGUACCGGUUAUGAAGAUGCAUCGCUAUUGAGACAACCGUGGGGCUAUGAGCCGCCUUUUGACUACAAUUACACACCGGGAUAUCCAUACUCUAUAGAACGUGAUCGAAAGGUUUUCUAUCCUUCAUAUCCCGAUCAAUAUGCUCAACAUUAUUGGAAUCGUGAGCAGCAAUUUGUUGAAGAAAAACCUCUUAUUACUCCACGACAAACGGAAACAACAUCAAGCGCCCAAAGUUCUUACGAAAACACAUACACGAACAGUUUAAGAUCUUACACGAGUGAUGCUGCUGGCUAUCCAACGACCGAUCAAAUAAAGCGAGAAAUCGAUCUGAAACGAAUUUACGGUCGAAAUAUUGAACCAUGCGAUUUUGAUUUUCCACCAUCAAGACGAUCUCUUUUCAAUGAAUCGAAAGGAUCAACAAUAACGGGAUCAUCAGGAAUUGGAUCGGCUACACCUUCGAAUCCAUUGGAAUGGCCAAAUCAAGUCGUAACCGUCCGUAAGAAGCGCAAACCGUAUUCCAAAUUUCAGACACUUGAAUUGGAGAAAGAAUUCUUAUUCAAUGCUUAUGUAUCAAAGCAGAAGCGUUGGGAACUUGCGAGGAAUUUAAACUUGACCGAGCGUCAAGUUAAAAUUUGGUUCCAAAACCGACGCAUGAAGAACAAAAAAAACUCGCAAAGACAGCAGUCAAAUGCAAACAACGCAAAUUCAAACAGUAGUCAUAAUCACGUACCACCACAAACGCACCACAAUGCUCAUCACAUCAGUUUGGGAUUGGGAAUGCAUCAUCAUCCUCCAAAGAUGCAUCACCAGUGACCGCUUGACACUGUUACAUCGAUGGCAUCCAUCACAAAUCAACCACACAUUCAUCAUCAGUCGUAUAAUCAUCCUCCUGAUAUCAUUAGCUAUAAUGGUUAGAGUCUCUUGAGAAACAACCGUCAUUGAAACUCGACACUUUUUGAAAGCAGAAGAGAAUCAUAAUUCUUUUGAAAGCGUUGUUUGAAUGCAUUUGAUCUGCUGUCUAAAGAAACAUAAAGCUGCAAAAACUUUGUAAAUGGUAGCAAGCAAAAUAUUCAUAAAACAUAAAAAAAAUCUUAAGCUUAAUCCUGAUUCAUAGUUUUAGUAAAUGAACAUAAAAAUUAAAUUAAUGAAGGAAAAAAAAGAUGAAUACAAGUAGAAAUUACUUUAUAUUUUUAUUCUUAUUCGCAACAUGUAAUGAAUUUCAUGAAAAAUAGUGGAGAUUUCAAAUUAAGUGACAAGAAGAAAUGACAAAAGGGAAAAGUUCAUAAAUUACGUAGAGCUUGUUUAUCAGAACGAGAUAGAAAAUUCUCAAAAACAUUUCUUCGGAAUGGUUGGAGAACCUUUAUAGACUAAUGCUC